CGUUUUGUCAAUAGGAAGUUAUUUGAUUUAUCGCAACAACCAACGUUCCCUGUAGGAUGUGGCAAGCGUCCAGCACUCUCCCGAGUGGUGAAUGGCCAGAACGCCAGCCCUCACUCCUGGCCAUGGCAGAUUUCUCUUCGUGUGAGUGGAAGACAUAUUUGUGGCGGAUCCCUGAUCAGAGCUGACUGGAUCGUAACUGCGGCACAUUGUGUUUAUAGCAACCCAAACCCAAGUCGAUACACUGUUGUAGUAGGUACGUUACAAUAUAGAAACUGACUAGUUUGAGUUUAUUGAGAGAAAUCACCGCAUUUACUACAGUGACUAAGAAGGCUAUGCAAUCUAAAAACUCUUGUCCUUUCUUAGCGAUACACUCCCGGGCCAUUCAAGGGAAAUUUGAGUAGGGAUGUGCCGCCGAGGCCUUAAAAGCCUUACCUUGUCGGGUUAAGACAAAAAUCAUUCAUUUGACUAUUUAAGAGAAGAGACCUUAUUUCACGACCUUGACCCAUAUCGUUUCGCAUACGGAAAUGAAGUAAUUAUAAAACUAGCAUCAUAGAAUACUCAGAUCUUUCUUAGAAGAGAUAGUUCAUACCACUCAAGUAGACCGUUCAUCGCCAACCUUCAGAUUAUUUUCCAGGCUUUCGAUCCAAAAACACACCCUGUCCAAGACGUCAAAUAGUGAAAUUGUCAGAGAUUGUACGUAUGACCUAUUCAAGACUCAAGACCCCCAAAAAACCAUACCCUGUUCAACGGCACGUGCAUACCCCUCUAGGUCUCACAAGGGAGUGCCCCCCUGUAUCGUUUGUACCACUUCAAUGAAAUUCUAGAUAAAUUAUAAAAACCAAUCAGUCAAUAGAGCCAUUGGCUCCUGCGAACUACAACGGUCAGUGUCGCGCGAAAGGUAAGUACUUUUAAAACAUCCUCAGGUACCUCCAUCAGGGACUUGUAACUCAACUGGCAAGCUUUGAAACAUAGUGCAACUUUUACAAUUUUGAAUUAUUCCCUACUUACUUGAACUUUUCUUUAAUUUUUCAAGUGCGUACAAUGAUACCACUAUCCUGCAAAUAGUAGUCCGAUCCUGUCAUUAUUUCAGAGGCUCAGCCGGGGAAUAGUAGUAUACCAUCACUGUACCAUAACACCCGAAUUAAUUAUUAGCCAUUUUCCCAAAAUUCCCAAUGUUUUUCUCAAAGUUAAUCUAUUCCUAAAGAAAACGUAGUGCUGGGUAUUGUUUAAGACUGUUUUAGGAAAGCUAAGCCGCUCACUUUUAUAACAUCACAGGCGGCCACAGACGAACUGGAACCACUUCUGUACAACAAACACUUAGAGUGAAAACUCUUCAUAAACACGAGGAAUUCACCUUGCGGAAUCUCAAAAAUGAUGUGGCAGUUCUUCAGUUGGAGCGACCCGUGAAACUGAGUGACAAAGUAAAUACUAUUUGUCUCCCAAACAAGAAGGCAAACUUGAAAGCCAAAUGUUACAUAACAGGUAGGGUUUGAAUUUCACGCGCUUUAGGAUGCCGUAAAACGUAGCCAAUCACCUGCGCAACAUUAUGCUUUUGUUUCCCCACUAAAAUGCUCCACCUUAAUUCCCUGGGGAUGAGGUUGUCUAUCAUCACUUCCCUUCCCCAGUGAAGUUUUGCGAGAUAGACGUCUGCAUUUUGGUUUAAAAAAAUGCCAUUGUACUGAUAGACAAAUCGGAGACGUUAUAGAUCAUAGAAAUGACUUCAACCCAUGUUAAUAGAACCAGGAGCCGCAUGGUCAAAGCAUUUUUCCCAAUUUUAUAUCACCGCCUAAAAGUCGAAGAAGUCCUCGUGGUACUAUUACGUUAGUAGAUAAGUAAUAGCACCAAACUUAACGUCAGAGGUAUAAGCGAUCACUUCUAGUCGUCUUUGAUAAGUAGACUGGUACUUCAUAGGCUUGACAUCCGAGUGAAAGGCUUUCUUUUUCUGAAAAAAAAAACCGGUAUAUUUCUUAUAUUUCGCUACAUUUACUCUAUUUAUUUAAUAUUUAUUCAUUUAUCUAUUUAUCUUUUUUUAUUUUUGGCGAGUAAAUCUCCAUUUCUCAUACAACCUCACGCUUCAGAACGUUUAUAGUCUACAGGGUGUUUCAAAAGUUCGUUCCGAUUUUUUAUUCGCUUAAAUUUCACUGAUUAUUAACAAAACCCUUUUGUAAAACUUAGAAUUUUAUUCAUUAUUUAUUUAACAUUGAAUAACUAAAAUAUUAGUAACCAGAAUGUAUUUAUGUAUGUUUUCUGACAUUUUCUAAGCGGUGAGGUAUAGAAUGUACGAGCUCCCAAGGCGUGUCCAAAGUCACAUUCUUCCAGGCGAAGCGUUGUCACUGUCUAAGCUCGUCCAGUGUUUUGGGCGCUGGAUCUUUGUAUUUUGUCUCGUCUACGAUAAUCCAGAUGGUCUCAAGGGGGUUCACAUCACAUGAGUUUGCCGGCCGGUCCUCCUUUGGUAUAAAGUUGGCAAAUCCUUCUGACACCAUGCUUGCAUGAAGUGUGCACGGCCUUUUCCUCUUCAAGGCUUUCCAAGUUUUUUGGUAACUCAUCCCCAUACCAAUGUGCUCGAAACUUUGAUCGAUAAUGUGAAGUUGAAAUUUUUUUACCUUUCUGUUUUGUGGAAUUUUAUUAAGCAUAUACUUACAGCUUUUUCGAUAAUAUUUCUCGCACAGUUUGUGAAACAACGGCCAUGCACUCCUUGGUUUGUCUUCUAAGGUCUUUACUUUUGACCACUUGUUCGGUCGUCGUUCAGACUUCUACAACAAUUUGACAAUUUUUUUUGACUGAAUGGCCAGAAGACCAUAAAAAUAGAUGCCUGAGCUCUAGCACAAACAGUGUAGGCCUUCAUUUUCAUGAAGGAGUAAAGAAAAUGAAAGAAAACGAUAAAAAUACUAAAAUAGAAAACCUACAAAAUGGGCAGGAAAAGUAUGGCGGGAAAAACCUCGCGUACGUGUACAGUUGGGGCAAAAAUUAAAAAAAAAUUAUAAUUUCUUCAAAUUUUAGUUUGAAAUUACUUUUAACGGUUAUUUAGAUAAAUUUCUUACCUGAGUCAGUUUACAUUUGCCUAAAGAAGCACUCAAUGCUUUGCGCAAAAUACAAUUUACAAUCGGAACGAACUUCUGAAACACCCUGUACCCUUUGUAAACAUCGUGGUCUGAAUAGCAUGUUAUUAUAUCGCUCUGGCCCCAGUUGUUCAAACGUUGGAUAGCGCUAUCCACCGAAUAAAUCACUAUCCAACAGGGCCCGGUCCCUGAGAGGCUGACUAUCGCUAAUCCAGGAUUAAAAUUUUGUUCUUUUUUUGUAUUUUACCUUCCUAUGUAUUGCUUGAAGUAAUCAAUUUAGGUUUCUGGGAAAUUGUCCACCUACCCCUCCCCUAAGCCAACAUUAUCCGUUUUUCUCACUUGGAGCAAAAUGUUGGCUUAGGGGAGGGGUAGGUCGUCAGUUUCCCAGAAACCUAAAUUCAUCAGCUUAAAGUAACAUUUCGUGUUAUCAUUAGUGUUUCUGUAGGCUCAAAGCUGCUCAACAGUGUUUUGUAAAUUUGAGUUGCAUGCUGUUAGGCAAGAAAACCUUGCUUAUAAUUGGCUUAAUCCUGGGCCUGUCUACAUGGUGGUGGGGAACCCCAGGUAGGUGAGGUAGCCAGCUUAGGUGGGGUAACCCGGCUGUCCAUAUAAUCUCUCAUUUUAAUCUGAUCAAGUUUACAUGAUGGGUGGGGUGACCCGCCGCAUGUUACCUCACCUAUCUGGGGUCCCCCACCUCCAUGUAAACAGGCUCUUAACCAUCUUUCGAGGAACCGGGGCCAGAUAAGUACAAUACAUGUAUUAGGAAAACCAAUUGUACUAUUCACUGGAUAGAGAUUUACCCAGUGGAUAGCGCUGUCCAUUUUUUGAACAAUUCGUCGCCCAGAAUGCUGCGACACAUCCGGGACGUUCUUACGGUCCAGGGCGCCAUAUUUCAAAAGCUUCCUUCUGACAAAGACGCCAAAAUACAAAGAGAGUGGGAAGAAAUGGCGAAACAAGGUGUAGGUUUUACUCCAUCACAAAAACCUAAGUGCUUUGGUGGUUAAGUUUACCCAGACGUUUUCAGAAGAGGUGUCGAGGAUUUAGUUAAGACUAUUUUCAUUUUCCUGGAACUUGUAAGUAUCCAUAUAUGCACUUAACGUUUGCUCACUUGUAGGGUGGGGUCGUAUUUCUGGCGGAGGACCAGCAGCAAAUAUCCUGCAGCAAGCCAAGCUACCCCUGGUCUCCCAUACUGACUGUAGAAAGAAGUAUGGCUCAUUAGUGGAUCCCCGUGCUCAUUUGUGCGCUGGCGAGGGACGCGCAGCUGCCUCAGGUGGAUGUAAUGGGGACAGUGGUGGACCACUGGCUUGUGAGAUGGGAGGAAAGUGGUAUCUCCAUGGAGCUGUCAGUUUUGGCAGGCGAAACUGUCCUACUACUCACUUCACCGUGUUUGCCAGGAUAACCAGCUACAAAUCAUGGAUUCUGAAAAAAAUAGGUAAUUAA